GCAACAUAUGACAGCCUAGUUUAAACUGUCAGUAUAUCGCAUGUGUCUGCAUGGCUACCAUGGAUGUAAACAUUUGUACUAGUGAGGAGAUGAGGACUCUCUCUCUCAGUGGCCAUGUUGGUUUUGAUAGUCUUCCUGAUCAGCUGGUCAGCAAAUCAGUGAGCCAAGGAUUCAUCUUCAACAUUCUCUGCGUAGGUGAAACUGGGAUUGGCAAAUCAACUUUGAUGAACACACUUUUUAACACAACUUUUGAGAAUGAAGAAGCCAGCCACUUCCAUAAUGGGGUGCGUUUACGUCCAAGAACUUACAACCUAAAGGAAAGCAAUGUGGAUUUGCAGCUGACCAUUGUAGAUACUGUGGGAUUUGGGGACCAGGUUAAUAAAGAGGAAAGUUAUAAACCUAUUGUGGAUUACAUUGAUACCCAGUUUGAAAAUUUCCUAGAAGAGGAGCUUAAAAUAAUACGUUCCCUUUACAACUAUCAUGAUUCACGCAUCCACAUCUGCCUCUACUUUAUCGCUCCCACUGGUCACUCAUUGAAAUCUCUGGACUUGGUCACCAUGAAGAAACUGGAUAGCAAGGUCAACAUUAUUCCCAUCAUUGCAAAGGCAGACACUAUUUCCAAAAGUGAGCUUCAAAAAUUUAAGAUCAAGAUCAUGAGUGAGCUGGUCAGCAAUGGUGUACAGAUAUACCAGUUCCCAACAGAUGAUGAAGCUGUGGCAGAAAUAAACUCUUCCAUGAAUGCACACCUCCCAUUUGCAGUGGUAGGAAGCAGUGAAGAGGUUAUGAUUGGAAACAAAAUGGUGCGAGCCAGACAGUACCCAUGGGGAGUGGUACAGGUUGAGAAUGAGAGUCACUGUGACUUUGUAAAACUGAGAGAGAUGCUAAUUCGGGUCAACAUGCUGGACCUGAGGGAGCAGACCCAUGCCAGACACUAUGAGCUGUACCGCCGCUGCAAACUAGAGGAGAUGGGCUUCAAAGACACUGACCCUGACAAUGAGCCCUUCAGUCUGCAGGAGACAUACGUGGCCAAGAGGAAGGAAUUUAUUGGGGAACUACAUCUCAAGGAGGAGCAGAUGAGACAGAUGUUUGUCAACAAAGUGAAGGAGACAGAGGCAGAGCUUAAAGAGAAAGAAAGAGAGCUGCACGAAAGGUUUGAAAUGCUGAAACAGACACAUCAGGAAGAGAAGUGGAACCUGGAGGAGAAGCGUAGAGAUUUUGAGGAGGAGAUGAACACCUUCAAUAGGAGGAAAGUGGCUGCUGAAAUGCUACAGUCUUUUCAAAGCUCCUCUGCCAUCAAAAAAGACAAAGAGAAGAAAACUUGACUGGCCACCCAAAGAAAAUCAGUAACUGUUGUUCAUUUUACCAGUUGUACCAGCUUUUCAUUCUUUUUUUGUGGGGGCAGAUGAUGUUUUUAUCUAGCACACAUUCAGUGUGUAAUACAGUGAAUGUCAGUCGUGACACUGGGACUAUGUGAAGGUCCAAUGAUGAACAGCCUACCUGGUUGUUCUUGAUCAACAUGAAGCUCUCUGUUUAAACAUCAUCUUGGGGCUGACUCAGAGAAGGAAAAUACUCAAUGAUGUAAGGCAUUAUAUUAACAGAGAUUUUAGAAAUGUCUUUUUCACCAGAUUCUUAUCAUUGUUUUCUAUUAAUAUAAACACGAGAAUGGUAACUGAAUUUUUAUAACAUUUACAUUUUUUGACAAUAUUUUCUCUAAACAAUUGUACUAGUUUGUAAAGUACUGUACAAUAUGACUUAUUUUAUACUACUCAGGAUAAUACCAUUGUAACUAUUUUAGGAAAUAUAUCUAUGCUGUUCUUUUGGCUAAUCUAACCUCUGAUACAAAAAUGUGAUUGUAUAUUUUUCAGUUUAAAAUAAAAAAUAUG